ACCACAGUCACCACACUGAUCACUGUUGCAACUGAAGUACAACAAUAGUAUCGUAUAUUGCCCGAAGAAAACGUAGCUUAAAUGAACGAUCCUCGAUUGAGAAGAUUACAGUCAUGAACUGCCCAGAACUCGUUUCUGACUACCGUAACCCAACAAUCAAAUGGUAUCAGACAGAUCUCAGCGUCGUUAUCUCUAUUCAAUUGAUCGAUGUAUCCGACUAUUACCUCCGAAUUGAAAACGGUUGUUUACAAUUCAGUACAGAGAUAAACGGCAAGAAAUACUACCUCAUUCUAUAUCUGUUUGGAGCAGUGGUAGCAGAAAAGACAGUGCAUAAAAAUCUCGUAAGAGAAAUUAAGAUCUAUCUUCUGAAAGCACUCAAAUGGUAUCCAUGGUUAAGAUUGAUCAAGUCCAAAGAAAAAAAUCCACUUAUAUCAUACGACUCAGAACGUAUAGAAGAGACAAAUCACGUUCGAAAUACUUAUGACAUAGGUAGAUUCGAACGGUACAAACGUGAGCAUAAUAUAUCAUAUUUAAUGCCUGUUGUGCCAUCUAGCGAUGAAGAAGAAUCUGAGGAUGAUUAUAUGGACUUUGUUCAGUAUGGUUAAUAUAUUAUAUCAAUUCAA